AGGCUGUGUGAGGAGCUGCAGCCGCCGGCAGAGGAGACCUCAGCAUCAUCUAGAACCCAGCGCUGCCGCAGCCUCCGACUGUCCCGCCGCCGCCGCCGUUUCUGUUCCUGCUAGUGUUUCACCUAAACAACACCCGUUACACGGACAAGUGAACCUCUGUGGCCGUCUUCUCUUGCUCUUCCUCCUCCUCCUUUGCCAACACCUCCUCCUCCCACUUCUCAGCCGCACCAGAAAGCCCCUAACCCAACUGACACUGGCACGACUGCAAACUGUGUCAUCCGCACAACUUUAUCAGACUCUUCGGGCUCCCGUAAGGCAUUGGACCCAUCGCUUCGUCUUUUACUUUUUGCAAAGUUGCAUCUCUCGACAUAUUUCGCCCCAGCCACCUCCCUUUGCUUCUCGAGUGCCCUGCCGCUCCGCAGCCUCCUCCUGGAGCUGCGCCCUAGUGCCCCUGCUGGGCAGUGGCGUCCCCCCCACCCCAUCCUCCCGCGCCCAGCCCCUGCCGCUCGGGGCAGACGAUGCUGAAGAUGCUGUCCUUUAAGCUGCUACUGCUGGCCGUGGCUCUGGGCUUCUUUGAAGGAGAUGCUAAGUUUGGGGAAAGAAGCGAAGGGAGCGGAGCGAGGAGGAGAAGGUGCCUGAAUGGGAACCCCCCGAAGCGCCUGAAAAGGAGAGACAGGCGGAUGAUGUCCCAGUUGGAUCUGCUGAGUGGAGGAGAGAUGCUCUGCGGCAGCUUCUACCCUCGGCUGUCCUGCUGCCUGCGGAAUGACAGCCCAGGGCUGGGGCGCGUGGAUAACAAGAUAUUUUCUGUUACCAACAACACAGACUGUGGGAAGUUACUGGAGGAAAUCAAAUGUGCGCAUUGUUCACCACAUUCUCAGAGCCUGUUCCAUUCACCUGAGAAAGAAGUGUUGGAAAGAGACCUAGUACUUCCCCUUCUCUGCAAAGACUAUUGCAAAGAAUUCUUUUAUACCUGCCGAGGCCACAUUCCAGGUUUCAUUCAAACUACUGCGGAUGAGUUUUGCUUUUACUAUGCAAGAAAAGAUGGUGGGUUGUGCUUUCCAGAUUUUCCAAGAAAACAAGUCAGAGGACCAGCAUCUAACUACUUGGACCAGAUGGAAGAAUAUGACAAAGUGGAAGAGAUUAGCAGAAAGCACAAACACAGCUGCUUCUGUAUUGAGGAGGUUGUGAGUGGGCUGCAGCAGCCUGUUGGUGCCCUGCAUAGUGGGGAUGGUUCUCACCGCCUCUUCAUUCUGGAAAAAGAAGGCUACGUGAAGAUACUGACCCCUGAAGGAGAAGUUUUCAAGGAGCCUUAUUUGGACGUUCACAAACUUGUUCAAAGUGGAAUAAAGGGAGGAGAUGAAAGAGGACUACUAAGCCUUGCAUUCCAUCCCAAUUACAAGAAAAAUGGAAAGCUGUAUGUGUCUUAUACCACCAACCAAGAACGGUGGGCUAUCGGGCCUCAUGACCACAUUCUCAGGGUUGUGGAAUACACGGUAUCCAGAAAAAAUCCACAUCAAGUUGAUUCGAGAACUGCCAGAGUAUUUCUAGAAGUUGCAGAACUCCACAGAAAGCAUCUAGGAGGACAACUGCUGUUUGGCCCUGAUGGAUUUUUGUACAUCAUUCUUGGUGAUGGGAUGAUCACACUAGAUGAUAUGGAAGAAAUGGAUGGGUUAAGUGACUUCACAGGUUCAGUGCUACGACUGGAUGUGGACACAGACAUGUGCAGCGUGCCUUAUUCCAUCCCAAGGAGCAACCCACAUUUCAAUAGCACCAACCAGCCCCCCGAAGUGUUUGCCCAUGGGCUCCACGACCCAGGCAGAUGCGCAGUGGAUCGGCAUCCCACAGAUGUAAACAUCAAUUUAACCAUACUUUGUUCAGACUCCAAUGGAAAGAACAGAUCAUCAGCCAGAAUCUUACAUAUAAUAAAGGGGAAAGAUUAUGAAAGUGAGCCAUCACUUUUAGAAUUCAAGCCAUUCAGUAAUGGUCCUUUGGUUGGCGGGUUUGUUUACCGAGGCUGCCAGUCUGAAAGACUGUAUGGAAGCUAUGUGUUUGGAGACCGCAAUGGGAAUUUCUUAACUCUCCAGCAAAGUCCAGUGACCAAGCAAUGGCAAGAGAAACCACUCUGUCUUGGCAACAGUGGUUCUUGUAGAGGCUACUUUUCGGGUCACAUCUUGGGAUUUGGAGAAGAUGAAUUAGGUGAAGUUUACAUUUUAUCAAGUAGUAAAAGUAUGACCCAGACUCACAAUGGAAAACUCUACAAAAUUGUAGACCCCAAAAGACCUUUGAUGCCUGAGGAAUGCAGAGCCGCGGCACAGCCUGCCCAGACCUUGACGUCGGAGUGCUCCCGACUCUGUCGAAACGGCUACUGCACCCCCACGGGAAUGUGCUGCUGCAGUCCAGGCUGGGAGGGGGACUUCUGCAGAAUCGCCAAAUGUGAGCCAGCAUGUCGUCAUGGAGGUGUCUGUGUUAGACCGAACAAGUGCCUCUGUAAAAAAGGAUAUCUCGGUCCUCAGUGUGAACAAGUGGACAGAAACAUCCGCAGAGUGACCAGGGCAGGUAUUCUUGAUCAGAUCAUUGACAUGACAUCUUAUUUGCUGGAUCUAACAAGUUAUAUUGUAUAGUUUCUGGGACUGUUUGAAUAUUCCUUUCCAGUGGGCAUUUAUUUUUUUAUCCUAUCAUUAAAAAGAAAGACUGUUAUCCUGCUACACACUCCUGUGAUUUCAUUUUCUUUUAUUAAUUUAAAAAUAAUUUCCAGAAAUGUGCAGAUCCUGUGUGUGUAUGUUGGCACAUUGUUCACAUAUGCACGUACACACACUCACAACCCCUGUAAGCGUGGUUGCAUACCAGAUGGAUUUUAAAUAUAUAUAUAUUACCUUGUGCUGAGUAAUUUACACAGAUAUUCCACUGUAAAUUGAUAUUGGAAUUUUUAUGUCACCAGAAGUGAUUAUUUGACUUCCCAGGAAUUUUCUGUCUGUAAUCACUAAAGUCAACUUUAAUGGGAUUUUGAAACAUUGCUGUGCAAUCUGAUGGAUUUAAUUUUUUUAAAAAAGGCAAUAUUUUUAUAUUAAAGGACUGUAAUAUAGAUAAUGUUUCAGAACUCCCUGGUGAAUUUCUAAAUGAGCAAUUUGGUGUGAAAUUGUGAUCUUCAUUUUUAUCAAUGUAUCCAAUUACAGAAUGUUAUGCACUUACCUUUUUAUUGGCAGAGAAAUCUGGUUCCUCCAGCGAAUCUCAAGAUGGUUUUAAGUGUUUUAUAAUUAAAUCGAACAGCAUAUUUUAAAAUCACUCUUCCUAAAAGGUCUGCUUUUAUUUUAUUGUAUAUUUUAUUUAACAAUAGGCACUGGGUUUGUGUUACAUAUUUAUAUUUUUUAUUUUAUUUUUAUAAUAUAGACAUCACCUAGAUGAAACACCUUUACCCUGUCCUGUAAAAUACUAAAGUUACAUUUUUCACCAACUUAAUUGGAAAGAAGGGGAGUGAGAAAGCAGUCUUUAAUGUGCUCUGGAUCUAAUCUAGCAAUGUAUCCUUGUGCCAACUUGUAAUCAUUAACGAUGGAUGAAAAAGCAAGAAAACAACCAAUUCUUAUAAAAUUCCAGCAUUAAACAUUUGUAAAGUGCUUUUUACCAUAGCAAGACUGUCAGAGUAUAUGUGAUUAGAAUGUUGCAAAUUUCGCACUGAAAUGAGCCUCACUGGAGAAGAGUUCAUUCGUUGUGAACAAAUCUUGGCUAUGUCAGCUAUCGCUUGUACAAACUUCUUAAUAUAAGAAUUCUUGCCAAAUAUGACAAUGUAUAUGUUCCUUCAGAACACAAUGAAAAUCCUCUUUGGUUAAUGUAUCAAUAAAUUUUCUGUAAAUGUUCUGUUCAGGUUUUUAAAGAAAUGUCAUGUUCUAACUUAAAACUGCAGAAAGUCUGAAACUGUAGAGCUUUUCUUAAUGGUUUUCGAGGCCAGUUCUCCAUAUUUGGAUUAUAACAAACGAUAUGGCUUCUUUGCACUACUGAAAUAGCCCAUCCACUCAUUGAUAAGUGCAGACUCACUAGAGUUGUUCUUAUUCUUCUGUAAACAUCUGUUCCUCCAGAAUCUAAGUCAUAGAGUAGCAUAGAUGAUAACAAUGUAAGCUGACUUUUCCAAACCUGCUUCUUACCUUUAGGAAUAUGAGUCCCAAUUAAAAAAAAAAACAAACAAAUCUUAUAGAUAGUAUUUAUUGUUUUAAAGUGAGAGAUUUGCAAUUAAAGCAUGCUAAGAAUUUAGAAACCAAUUUAGAAAGAUUGGUUAAAUACACUGCCCUUGUCUUCCAUAUAUGAUUGCUUAAGUUUCAAGUGACCUCAUGCCAAAUGGAAAUGGAUUGAGAAAUCUUGGUUCAGUGCUUAGUGAACAAUAGCCUGCAUUAAAAAGUGCAUGCAUAAUUUUGCACAAUUUAGAUUCAAUUGACAGUCUAUUCAAAGAAGUCUCAGGAUUAAAUGAGCAUGGAGACCAAAUUGCCCUCUUACCCCAGAAAAGGGGUGGUCCCUUCUAGUCACACUAACACUUCAUUGGCCCAGCAGUGUGACAAAUCUUGCAAUGCACCCUGCAGUAGCCUGCAUCUGUAGGUUAAUAGCAGUCUUUUGUCUCCAUUGCUUUCUCUUCAUAGCCCUUUUACUGAAUUCCAUCACAGAAAGUUUUACAAUUAAAAAAAAAAAAAUGUCCUGACAACCAUUUUUGUAAAUGGACUUUACCAUCUAAUCGUCCCUUAUUCAACGUGGGUGACAUUAACAAAAUGUGAACUUCUUGUGAGGGAGCCAGCUGUCUCAAUCUGUCAAAUAGUGCAGUUUUAUUACACGUUCUCCUGUUCAUAGUUUCACUGAAAACAAUAAGGAUACUGCUAUAUAUACAGCAAAAUUUGAAAAAACCCAGUGUUUCUUCUUGCAUCUUUAAUCUUUCCAUCUCUUCCCCAUAAAAAAAGAGGUUUUGUUGUCAUAAGUCCUACUAUUUAAAAAUAUUUAUAUUAAAUUGGCUAGACCCUGAUUUUUUUAUACAGACCUUUCCUAAGAGAAAGGGUUUCAGAUGACUUAGAAAAACAUAUGAACCCCAGGUGUCAUUGCCUUUUCUAUUGUGAGUUUUUAGAAUAAAAGACUAAAUUCUUCUAAAAAGAAGAUAGCAACAUCCAUGGAUAUUAAACCCAAGCAAAGAAAGUAAAGUCACUGGAGUCAUUUCUUUAUGUUCUUAUAAGAAAAGUAGAUAGCAAUGGCUAAUGCAUGGCAACAUAUUUUGAACUCAGUGGUCAAUUCAAGUAUAUAUUUGACCUUUUCUUUCAAGUGGACUUUUCAAAUACCUGACUGAGAAUUAUCUAAAUUAAGUAAUUUAUGAUGAGGGGCAGGUAGGCAUGGGUAAAAAAAAGUAUGAGUUAGGGAAAAGUAAUUGUUUCAUCAUAGGGAAGGCAACAUUUUCUGUUUACAAAGCACACAACCUAAAACGGAAAAGAAAUGUCCUUGGUGUGAAUGCUGAUGUGUGAGAUUAAGAUGAAAAUUAAGUAAUAGAAAGAUGUAUACUAUUAGCCCCUUGUUCAUUCUAGAGCUUAAGCUUUGAGUAUCAGUUGGACAUCAAAUGAAGUUAUGGUAGUAAUCAAAAAUUGGAACUAACCUCUCUACCACUGCUUCUGCCAAACUCUUGUCCUGAGUUAAUCAAACUUCGUUUUCUUGCCAGUUAUUUAAAGUAAUGAGAAGAAAACAGAAUUGUCAGAUGAUUAAAACGACAAGAAGGGAAGAUUUAAGAAAUUCAAGUGACAGCAAAACAUGCCUCCAUCCAUGCCUUGUCUUCUUGGGAUCUUGUUUCUAUGUGGCCAUUAUGAAACAUCUUUUAUCACAGUGAAUACUCAGUAUUCUCAGAUUAAUGAGCUAUCUCGUAAAACAAAAGAACAAAGAAACGUUGAUAUACAGAAUAUACACAUCCUAAAUAGAAAACCAUUCUCAUUUUCAUUUUUAUAUUUCAGAGUAGUCACUUUGUCCCCAUUUCUUUCUUUGAAAAUAAUUACAUAAUAAUGUAUUAACACCUUGUGACCCAUUUGUUUUUGAUAAUUUUUUUUUAAAUCACUGAAUCAUAAGCUAUUCAGCAAACCUACAAGGUGUAAAACGUAAGGAGAAAUGCAAUUGCUCAGGUUUUUCAAAGUAUACAUUUAACUUAAACUUUUAUCAGUCUAACGCUCUGUUAAUGCUCUUAGCUUGGAAACUUAAAGAGAAACUAAGCCCACAUUUCUGAAAGGAAAAUAAGGUGUACCAUAGACAGUUGUAGUUGACUUAUCAACAAAGUAAGUAAAGUUUCUAAGCUCUCUGUAGAAUAUUAUCUAUGAUACCUAUUUCCUGUCUCUGUGUUUACCCCCUCCCACUCUCCCUCUCUCUUUCUCUCUCCCUUUCCAUAUAUCCUUUUUCCUUUAAACCCCUUCCCUCUCCUCCAUUUAUGUUGGUUUUGACUAAAUAGACAUGCCCUCAGCAUCCCCAUAAUGAAGGCAUCCUUGGGUAGGUUGUCACCGAUUUUGCUGGUUAUAAUCUUUUCUUUAUUUUCCUGAAAAAUACCCUCUGCUGGUGCCACAUUUGCUCAGAGUCUAUAUCAUGAAGGAUAAGAGACAAAUACCAGCAUACCAGACUGAUCUACUACUGUCAUUGAAAGAAGCAACCAGAAGCAUAAAUGACUGCCAGUCCCAGUGUCUGAUUCAGCUGGUGUUCUGCCACAAGUGCACACUGUGUCUACAGGAAAGAUCCGGAGAAAUCCCUAUUCAAGAACUUGGCCUAACAGUAGGGAAAGUUAGUAGCUAUUUCCUACCCAAGAAACAGCCAUUUCUAUGGAGUCUGUUUUGAAGAUUAUUCUAAAUCUGUGAGGGAAAAAAAAAGUAUUCCCUCAAUGGAGACUUCAGAAUCUUCUUUCCCUCACCCCUGAGAUGAGAUGUGAACUUGCAGAGAACUCAGACGUAAGUCCCAAACCCAGAAAAUGUUCACAUUUUCAUUAUUACCCCCAGGCUGUCGGUGGGCGUAUUCCUGUGAAGGAUGACAAUAACGGCAGAAAAAUUCCUCUGUAGAAUAUCUGAAAAGAAAUAUAUAAAUUUGCUACUUUACCUUCUUUCUCUUCAUCACACCAAUGUGAAUUAGCCACACCUCCAAUAAUUAAUAUGAUGUCAAGGAAGGUAGGAAAUCCAAGAAGAGAAGGAUUUUGAUUUUAAAAAUACUAACGGCUCAACCAUGGAGCCUGCCAAAAGCUAAUCCUAGCCAACUUCAACACUUCUUUCUUUUAAACAUCUCUAAAUAAGUUUUGGCUAUUGCCUUACCAUAAUUAUUUAGGAGAGAAAGAUAUAUUCAUGGGAUUGUGAAGAACUGUUAUAGUCUUGUUUUCUUCCCAGUCAUAAUGAUGGUUUUCUUAGCUGCUAUAAACAGAUUUAUUCAGUUAUCAGGUUAGCACUUUCUUAAAUUCUUCAUUAAAUAUGGACCCAAGAUAUGCACAUCAUAUACCUUGCUUCCCCAUUUGUAGGUCAUAUGUGUCAGUUGAAAACAGAAAACAUAAAUAACGGAUCCCUUGCAUCAACAUAAAGCCUUAGGCCUAAAACUUGUUAGUGCUUUUUUCUUAGCCAGACCACACUUUGACUUUGCACCAAAAUAUAGUCAGUAGUUUCUAUCCACAUGAAGAAGGUGUGAUUAGGUUUGGUGGGGGGCAAUGCCAAAAAUGUAUGGUGAAGGAUGUUUCUUUACCUCAUAUUUUAAAAAUCUAAGACAUGAUUUUCCUAGAAUAAAUUAAGAUUUAGUGUACAGUAGACCCCUUUGAGAAACCAAACUGAGCACCUAUGAGAUGUCAGAUGUUUCCCAUAACUCAUAAUAUUCAUAGGCGUGUUUAGACAUACAUUGUACCAAAAGUCAUGUGAUAACAAGAUAAAUAAUACCCUGGAAUUUUUGACACUUAUUUCCCUAGGAUAUGCUGAAGUAGACAAUCUAAAAUUCUAAUCUAAAAUUUUAAAAAUUAUCAAAUCAGUAGAAUUAAUAAGCAUAAAAGAAAUCUGAAAAAAAAAUCACUUUUCUUUUCUGGCUUUAUCUCUGACUAAUCUUGUCCACCUUUUCGUUUUCCUAGUUGUUCUUUUUUCCUUUAAAUGGUUGACAGUAGAGCAGUUUGUCCAUAACCUUACUCAACCAAUCCAUGCUUGGAUUUCUGUUAAUAAGAGGCAGAAGGCUGAGGAAGCACAUAGUAAAAUUAGGUACAAGUGUGAAGAAGCAGGAUAAUUGGGAUUUCUAAAAAUGUUCUUCUGAAAACAAACAGGCAAAGUCAUUGGCUCAAAUAAUCCCUCAGAGUUUGAACUAAUCUGAUUUAUUUGAUCAAGAAUAAUUUGAUGGCAAGUAUAAUAUAAUAUCUUCUCUUUCAUCCAUCUUCUAUUAUUCAGCUAUCCGUCUCUUCAUUCAUUCAACAAAUAUUUACUGAAGUCCUUGUAUGAUUUUAUGCUAUAGAAAAGGCAAGGAAGUUUACAACGAGAUUGUGGGACCAGUGGGCAUGAUGAACAUGUUUGAAGCAAAAGACAAUAAUCACAUCCAACCAGCUCCAAUUCAGCUCCACAAUAGAAUCCGGCAGUAAUAGUACAGAUGGUCUAAAGUAUAUCUGUGUGUAUCUGUACGUGUGCACACACCCAUGUAUAUAUAUUUAUCUAUCUGUACAAACACUACAUAUGUAUACACACUAUCUUUGUAAAAUAUAAUAUAUGUAUAAUGCAUAUAAAUUCUAACAAGUGUAUUUGUUAUCUUUAAAUAGAUCAAUGUAUCUCAAAGUGGUAAAUGCUGAGAAUUGGUUUUUAUUGUUGAUCUGUGGAUUUAAUGAUUUUUAGGUGAAAAGGAUGUUUAAGUGUAUAAUUUCUUUUCUUAAUUUAAUAUAUUUAUGUAAAUGCAUGCCUGAAAUUUGGUUAGAUUGGCUGUGUUUUGUGUCCUUUAACAUGAUCAAAUGUAUUAAACUUUAUCUUAUGAC